CAUUUUUUGAAAAUCAUUGACAAUGUCAAAGUUGAAAAAAAUUGUUGAAGAAGCGAAAGAGUCAAAAUGUCGAGAAGUUGAUCUCAGUGAUAAAGGGAUUCAAAAUGUGAAUGAAGUUCCCGGGCUAAUGAUGCUGGACCAUUUGACACAGUUAACGAUGAGUCACAACAAAUUAACUGCAGUUCCACCAAGUAUCGGAGAACUUGCAAAUUUGUCUAUUUUAAAUCUAUUCAACAAUUUGAUUGAGGAAUUACCCACAUCACUCAGUGGAAUGCAGCAAUUAAAGCAUUUGAAUUUAGGAAUGAACAGGUUAUACCAUCUACCAAGAGGAUUUGGUUCCUUUCCGAAGCUUGAAAUUCUGGAUCUAUCAUACAACAAUCUUACAGAACAAUCGCUUCCAGCAAACUUCUUUUUUAUGACGUCAUUACGUGGUUUAUACCUUGCUGACAAUGAGUUUGAAACAUUUCCAUCAGAAGUUACUAAGCUCAAAAAUCUGCAAAUACUCAGUCUGAGAGACAAUGAUUUAGUUUCACUGCCAAAAGAGAUAGGUGAUUUAUCAAAACUAAGAGAACUUCAUGUUCAGGGCAAUCGUUUGACUGUUCUACCACCUGAAAUAGGUCGACUUGAUCUAACUGGAUCAAAAGGUGUAUUCAAGGUGGAUCGUAACCCUUGGGUUCAACCUAUCAAAGAUCAAUUUCAACUUGGAAUCAAUCAUGUUUUCGAUUAUAUCAAAUCUGAAACUUAUGAAUAUUUAUAUGGUCGACAUAUGUCAGCUAAUCCUGCUCCUCCGCCGAAGAAAGCUGAUAAAUCGAAAAAGACUAGCAGGAAACCUCUCCAGCACAAGAAUAAGUGAAUGUAUCCUUGUCUAAGAUCAAAACUAACUUGCUGCAAACAUCAUAUGCUCAACACUUCUGCUGAAUACUUAUAUUUGCUUGUAUACGGAAAGCUGGCUGAAAGAACUACAUCAGAGAGAAUUGAGCUACUGUACAUCAUCAUUAUGUAACAACAAAUUACUCUUGACAAAGAAUCAGGGGUUGGGUGUUAUGAACAUGAUGCUGAUGGCUAAUAUGUUACAUGUGUCAGGACUGGAUUUUACUUUGAUUCAAAGAAAGAAAAGCUAACAAUUUGGUUUGGUUAUUUAGCAGACUAUGCUCAUGCAUUCACUUUAUCAUCAAUCUCUAUAUUCACUUUAUCAUCGAUGUCUAGGGUCAAAGUAAAUUUUCAUCCAUUUGAAACGUCCAUACAGAUUAAUGUCUAUUUCACAUUGAAUACUGACUGCUAUAUUAGAGUAAAAAAUUGGUCACAAGUCUUUUAAUUUUUCAUGUUGUUUACUUGGAAGCAAGUCCUCCGUUAGAAUUUAUCUUCAACUGCCAUUUUUCAGUGCUGGAAUUACUGACUGAUGAGAAAACAGUUUUCUGUUAAAGACUUUAUCUGCAUUCAGUGUUUGAGGUUUAACAAGUUUUGAAAUACUCUCAGCCGAUUUUUUGUCUUGAGGAAUUUUCUUCAAAUAUCGAUCAGUAACCUUGAGCACUUCUGCUGCUCCCUGUAAUCAUAAUUCAAAAAUAUGUAAAUAGCUAUUUUUGAUUCAACAUUUUUAUACAUAGUAUUAUUUUAUAUCGCUAAGUGCAUUUAAAAAUUAUAAUAUCAUGUACAUGGAAAA